UAGAGAUAUAAAUAAAUACGUGACAAAGACCCCGGAUGACAAAUUUGGUAAUGUUUACAGGAUGUUUACACACGUAAUACCUGGAUGACAUUGGAAGGCAUUUUUGAAAGAAAUAUUUAGUAAAUUUUUCGUCAUUUUCUAUAAACAAAAAAUCAACUACUAUGCCGGCGAGACGAAAACAAGAUUCGAUAGAAAUGCAGAGUACUGAGAAGAACGAAUUAUUGAACAAUACAGAAGUUAAAAUGAGGGAUUUUGAUAGUAUAGAUUCUGAAGACUUCCUGGAAGACGAAAAUGAUAUUUGUGGAGGAAAAUGUAGUUGUAUGCGACAACGAACUUCCAUAGAAAAAGUACUGUUUGUUUUCCUGGUUAUUGCUGUAUGUGUUAUAAUUGCUUUGAUAGCGAAAUCUUCUGGGAAGUCUAGCCGUACAGAAAUUGACAGUGUUUGUAAGACAAAGGGAUGCAUUGGAGUAUCUAGUUCUGUACUUUCUUCGAUUGACAAUCAGGUUAAACCUUGCGAUGACUUUUAUAAAUAUGCAUGUGGUGGAUGGGAGAAAAACACGCCGAUACCACCAGGAUAUUCUUAUUGGGACAGAUCUCAGGAACUAGCAUAUAAAAAUAUGUACCAGCUUCACGAGCUACUAGAAUCAUAUCGUGGCACAUCCGAUGCAAUUAAAAAAGCAAAGAAAUUCCAUGACAGUUGUUUGCAAGAAGAGACCACAAACAAAUCAGCUAUCAUUCAAAAGUUCCGGAAUCUAAUAGGGCUUAUUUCAGAAACAGAGACCAAUUAUACUUUGGUUGUUAUUCUUGAGAAGAUACAUCAACUGAAUACUUGGCCAUUAUUUACAGUGUCUGUUGGUCCAGAUGAAUGGCAAGACGAUAAAAAUGUCAUUAAGAUUUCACAAAGUGACAUGCCUUAUCCGAUAGAUGCACUGGUAGAGGAAGAAACAACAAUGAAAGACAAAUAUCUUAAAUGGGAUGCUAAACAAGUUAGGCAAAAAUAUUUAGAUGAUAUGUCUAAGACAUUAAGAAUGUUUUGGAAUAAGUCCGAGAAUGAGUCUUUAACAAUUGCAGAAGAUAUGCUCAAACUGGAGGUUGAAUUAGCGAACAAGACAAGAAGCAAGGAUGAUAUCGAAUUCAGCAGAGCUGAUGUGUACAAGAACACAACGAUCACAGAUUUUCAGCAUAAGUGCUCUAUGUUUGAUUGGGAAAUGUACCUGACUACAUUAACAUACCAAACAGCAAAGAAUUUCAACACAGAUAAAAUAGUCAUACUACAUGAAGACAAGCUAAUCAGUUUAUGUGGUAUAGUGGAAAACUAUAAACAAAACAACUCUAGUGUUCUUUAUUACUACUUGUUAGUGCACGCUGUUCGAAGUUUUAUGCCGUAUUUUGAAGUAUCGCAAUUCGCAGACUUAAGUGAACAAACAGAAUUGGAAUUUGAUGGCGAGUUAUGGCGCCGAUGUACUUUCUACACAAAUAAGGCUUUUGGAUUUGCUACAGCGGCGAUGUACGUUAAUGCAACUUCACAGAAUGACAACGUCAUGCAGAUUGAAGAGCUAAUUACAGAGGUAAAGCAAUCAUUUAAAGGAUUUGUUUUAAGGAAUGUGUGGUUUAGAGGAAAUGUCCGAGGAGAGGCUACAGAUAAGAUUGACCAAAUGUUGAACAAAAUAAGCUAUCCAACUAAUAUAUUGAAGCAAAGUUUUCUAGAUCACUUCUAUAAAUUUUUCGAAGUUGAAACCCAUUGGUUUGAAAAUCUAAAGAGCUGGAAGGCGUUUGAAGUAACUUCAAUGUUUAACGAACUGGGUAAAACGACUGACAGACAACGAUGGAUCAGACCACCUUUUAGAGUUGAAUCCGAUUACGACCCUGUAAGGAAUAAUCUAAACUUUCCAACAGCAAUGUUACACCUUCCUUUUUAUACAGCUGAUGGUCCAAUAACGUUCAAUUAUGGUACUUUGGCUGCUAUUGUGGGGCAUGAAAUAACUCAUGCAUUUGAUAUUCUUGGCAGACAGUAUAAUGCAAAAGGUAAACUGGAAAACUGGUGGGAUCCACUGACGGUGAGCUCAUUCAAUCAGACUGUUAAAUGUAUGAAAGACCAAUAUGAUGGAUAUACUAUUAGUGGACAAAAAGUAAACGGUUAUAAAACAUUAGAUGAAAAUAUUGCAGACAAUGGCGGAUUGAGAGCUGCAUUUUUUGCAUAUCAACUGUGGGAACGAAAAGGCGAAUCAGAGAAAAUUCUUCCUGGUGUUGACUUAAGUAAUCGACAGCUGUUUUUUACAAGUUAUGCACAGAUGUUCUGUUCAAAGUGGAAACCUGAAGGUUUACAAAAACACUUAAUUGAUGAUAGACAUAAUCCUGGUCCAAUUAGAGUCAGAGGAUCAGUAUCUAACAUGGAAACGUUUGCUAGUGCUUUCAAUUGCCCAUUUAUAUCAAACUAUAAUCCAACUACGAAGUGCCGAGUAUGGUAACACACAACAAUCAACACUAGACCGGAUGGAAACAUGUAUAAAAUGAUAUAUAAAAUGUGCUGAUUGCCUAAACAUUAUAGUCUUACAAAAAAACAUGUAGAUUUAUUAAAACUACCAUUUAAGAGAUAAUGUAACUUUCCUUGUAUUUUGCAGUAAAAAAUAUUGUGUUUAUAAUUUACAGUAAACAUAUUUCAACGAAGUAUUUAGCAACUUAAUAAACAUCAGAGAAGUGUCUGAAAUUUUAGGAAUGAUGAUAUCAACAGAAUAUGCAGCCUUUUAUAAUGCGUAUUUGACAUUGUUCAUUAAUAAAUGCAACUUUUCUAUAUUUUCAUUAAAUUUUGCAUAUUAAGACACAGAACCUAGUGAAGCUGGUUGUGUCUGAAAUCAGAUUAUUUUUUUUUUUAUUAAAAUUUAACUUUUAGCUAAACAUGUCUAAGGAUCUGAAUCAUUACAUAUUUGUUUCAGACGUCCUGAGUAAACAAAUGCAGCUGACAUAAUAUAAAACUGUUUUAAGCCAAUUUUAUAACGAUCCUGGUAUAGAGGUUAAUACAUGGAAUAUUCACCAUAAAUCUGUUUUGGUACCUACGAAAUACAUCAGUGGAUAAAUUUGUCAAUAAAUUUACUGAUGGCAAUAUGAUAUAUAUCACAUGGUCUAUUAUUAAGCUAUAAAACUGUGAUACCGUAUUUAGCCUUUUUGUAAUGUAUGCUAGUGCCUUAAAAGGAGCUUCAAAAGGAAUGAAUGUAUGUUAGUUGAGUUUGAAAGUAUGUACACAAUAGAAAACGUUUUUUGAAUUCUUAUUUUGUAGUUUUCUGGAACAAAUGAUCUCAUAAAUAAAUGUUUUUCCAUAAUCUUAUUGUAAAAAAUAAAAAGAUGCAAUUUGAUUCCUUAUGAUGGUUUUAUGAUUUGAGUGAACGAAUGAUUAUUUUAUACCUGCUAGCCUAUCUAGGAAAUUGCACAAUGUUAUAUUACACGUUACUAUAGAUCUGAAUGUUUCAGUAAGUCACUUUUGACAUGUGAUGUUACACCACGAAAGUUACAAAUGAAUGUAUGUAAGCGAGUACGAAUAUUGCAUGUUUGUAUUGUUUUUUUAACGUUUAAUAGUAUUCUACCAAGUAGAAUUUAGUGUUUUUGUUUACACAUCGUUAAUUUUAAUAGCAGUGAUUAUAAAACAUAUCAAUUAUAUCAAUUACCUCAUUCCUUAAUUGUAAUCGACCGUACUAUCUAUUAGUGGUUACAAUUUAUUGCCAUGAAUUAGAUGAUAAUAGAAUACAAAGAUUGGUAGUACGGUAUAUCACUUAUUUUCCAGAUCUCAAACUAUAAAGUUUAUUUUGGAUGGAGGAAAUUAAAAGGUUACUUUAAUCAUGUUAAUAGAUUUAAUUGGACCCUUAGUGACAAAGAAAAGUACGAUUCCGUCCGGUUAGAGCACAUAGGUUUCUCAAAUUGAAAAUUAUUUACUAGAAGUUAAGAACAAUAACGCUCAAAUGAAUAAUCGAUUAGAUAUAUUUUCCCGUUUUAAAUUGAUUCAUAAGGCUUUGUUUUGCUAGUAAAAUGUUUUAACCAAAAAGGUAUAAUUCUAAAAGUUAUGUUUUUUUGGGGGGGCAUACAAAUGGGUAAAACAAAUACAUUGGUUCAAUAUUAAUUUUACAACAUCAAGGUUUUUUUUUAAUUUGUGCAGUAUACAUGAUAUACACAUUGAUGAUAAAAAAAUGGCGGAUAUUUUUAACUUCACUGAGAUAAAUUCCAUCGACAUAUUAGCCCUUUAUUCCAUUUAGAUGUAGGUGAGUUCUUGUUAUUACUUUAUGCAAACACAUUGAGUUCAAGUUUAUCGCAAAAAAUAUAGCAAUGGGAAGGUCAAUUUAUCAGAUGUUACUGUAAGAACAAUUUUGGAUAGGAACUGUUUAAAUACAAAAUCUUUCUAUCCAAGAUGUAGUCUUCUUCAAUAAUUUUUUUUUGCUGAAAAACUCCCUGUUUUACUUAGUGUAACCUCGAGCUCCGACUUUUUCCGCAUCAUCUGAUCUUUUCUAAAAUCAACCUACUAAAAUCGGAAAAAUUCGUGUAAUAUUUGUAAUUUUCGACGAACAUUUCCAUUGUUAUUUGUUACUUUAUAUAUGAUGUUUACAAAAUAAAAUGUUCAGAAUGAUAACUAUUAUUUAACAUUGAACUUAUAAAUGUUUUUGUAGAUUGCUUUUCAUACAAAAUGAAAAAUUGAUUGUUGCAUUUUUAUAAUUAAACAUUAGCUUAA